AUGGUUCGAGCCAUCAAAGGAACUCUGGUCGAGUGCGACCCGUCGAUCAAAUCAAUCAUUAUCAGUAUCGAUAGUGAAAACAACGAUUAUAUAAUUGAGGACCUGGACGAAUCUCAUCUAGUAAUCAAAGAUAAUAUGGUGACCCAGUUGAAGAUGGAGCUUGACCAGCGCCUAAAGGAAAAUGUCCCUGACGUCGAGGACGACUCAGAUUCUGACCAAGAUGUCAAAUGA